AUGUCGGAAGAGCGUCCCAGUCAUGUUGUCAUUCAGGGCAUCCUGCCCAAGGAGGCUCCCGGCAUCCGAAGAGAAUUCUCCUACUGGGCCAAAGACCAUGAGAACAACAUUCAGGUGUCUCUCUUCAUCCGCGCCCUGCAAAAGUUCUACGACAUCCCCUACACUGAAACCCUCUCCUACUUCCAGGUCGCUGGUAUCCACGGCUACCCCGGAAACCUGAAGUGGGACGGCGCUGUUGCUCCUCCUCACGACAGAGACGCGAGGCAUUACAUCUACUGCACCCACAAUCACUUCAACUUUCCCACUUGGCACCGUCCUUACAUGGUCCUGUUUGAGGAGACCCUCUGGAAGCUGAUGGGGGAGGUCAUCGAGAAGGAUCUCGAGUUUCACGAUGAUGCUGACAAGAAGCUGUGGCUUGAAGAGCGGAACAAGUGGCGACUUCCUUACUGGGAUUGGGCUCUCAACUCGGCCCAGGGCAAGGUUCCUGAUCUAUUCGUUCCCUACAGCAUCAACAUCAGGCAGCCUGUGGGGAAAGGUGGAUCUCAGCAGGAGUCGGAGAAUGUCCCAAAUCCGCUCGCCCGUUUCCAGGUCAAAGAGAACGGUGUGCCCAUCAAGAUGGGCAAGCUUCCCAAGAAGUACAGGGUUGAUAGCGUCCCGUUGGGUGAUGGCAGCUACCUGCCUGUGAGUCAUUGA